GAAAACAACCAAGACGAGAAGAAGAGACAGAAGAAGAGAAGACAGGAGAGAGAAAAGACGACAGGACAGAGGACAGAGGACAGAGGACAGAGGACAGGACAGAGGACAGAGGACAGGACAGAGGACAGAGGGCUACAGAGACACAAGGGAUUUUAAAACAAGAACAGGCUCCUGUACCUCCGUCACCAUGGCCACGCCCACCGCCGGCCCGGCCCUCAUCUCCACCACGGACCCAAACCCGGAGGACGACAGUCUGGUCAGCAAUGACUUCUCCACGACUCUGGGCGCCCUCAUCCUCGGCUUCGUCUUCCUCGUCGGCGUACCCGGAAACCUCUUCAUCGUCUGGAGCAUUUUGGCGCGAAUCCGCCGCCAUUCCGUCACCACGUUCCUCAUUCUGAACUUGGCGUGUGCCGAUGGAUUCCUGAUGGCGCUUACUUUAUUUUUCGUGAUCUACCUCGCCAAACAAUCCUGGGUUUUUGGAAUUGUGAUGUGUAAAGGCGUGUUCUACCUGUGCAAUACCAACAUGUACGCGUCCAUCUUCUUGAUCACGCUCAUGAGCCUCCACCGCCUCGUCGCCGUGCUGCUGCCCACUAAAGUUUCUCUGAUCGCGAGUCCGAGGAUCGCCAAACGAGUGGUGGUCGGGAUGUGGGCGCUGGUUUUUAUCAUUUCAAUCCCUUCACUGGUUUUUAGAAACAUCAGGAUCGACGAAGAUGAGAUGGGCAAACCGAGGAUGGUGUGUGUGCCCAACCACACACUGGCGACGCACGUGAGGUUCCAGUACGCGUUUGAGACGGUGUCCGGGUUCAUUCUUCCGUACGCUGUGAUCAUCACCUCGUACGUCCUGAUCCUGAGGCGACUGAGACAGACACAGUUCAGGAAGAAAGUCCGGAGCGAAAAACUCAUCCUCGCCAUCGUCGUCACCUUUGGAAUAUUCUGGCUCCCGUAUCACGUCAUCAACAUGAUCCAGGUGGCGGCAGAGUGGUAUCCUGAAGAGUCAAAGACACGAGAAAUCUUGGACCACAUCUGGCAGUCGAGUCGCGCGGUCACCUCAGCGUUAGCCUUCAUUAGCAGCUGUGCUAACCCUGUUCUCUACACUUUCGCUGGGAAAUCGUACAUCAGACAGAACGGCUUCGCUUUCAUGGCGCGGCUCUUAGAAGGAACGUCUUUGGACCAGGGCACAAAAAAAGGACGGAGCCCCAACUCCGAGUCUAACGUAGGUUUGAAUAAUGUGGUUUCCAACGGCAACGGAGGCGUUUCGACGCCCACUGAGGACAACACCGGAUAAAAGAAUUAUGUUUGGAUUUGACUGAUUAUUUUCAAAUGUCGAUCUGCUUAAAAUGUUCUGAAGAUACUUUUGUUUUCAACCAAAGUUCAUGCCACAGAAUGUUGAACUGUGAUCGACCAAACCCUCAUUUUUAUGGUAAAAGACAUGUAUUUAUUCAGACUGCAGCCUCUGGAGCGCCACGGCCCCGCCCACAUCCACGCCCACGGCCCCGCCCACAUCCACGCCCACGGCCCCGCCCACAUCCACGACGCUCUGGUUCCUCAAGUGCAUUUCCCAAAGAUUUGUCCCACAGACUUUUCAAAGAGUUCAAAGGUACGAGGAUGAGCAGCCAUGUCCACGACUGUUUUAAGUUAAAAAAAGAAGCAUUUUUUAAAUUCUGUAAGAUUCUGCUAAAUGUUUAAAUAAAUUUGCAGUUUAAAUGUUUUCAGAAACAGAAUUUAAAUAAAAUGUUUGGUCUUGUGGUCAUUAGUUCCCACAGAGCUGAUUAGCCCUGAGCUUUUAAACACCAAACAACAAAAUUAUUUCUAUUUGUUAAAUGUCAGAAUAAUGAGAGAAGGAUUUUUAAGACAAAUUUUCACGACUUUCUUCAAAGUCAGAAGUUUACACACAUUUCAUUAGUAUUUGUCCCAUUGUCUUUAAACUGUGUGACUUGGGUCAAAUGUUUUGAUUUCCUUCCACAAACUUCUCACAAUAGUUUUGUCCCAUUCGUCCAGACAGAACUGGUGUAACUGAGUCCAGUUUGUGUCCGUCUCACUCGCACAGGCCUUUUCAGGUCUGUUCAUACAUUUUCAACAGGACUGAGAUCAGGACUUUGUGAUGGACACUCCAAAACAUUGACUUUGUUAUCCUUAAGUCACUUUGUUAUCCUUAAGCCUCUUUGUUAUCCUUAAGCCUCUUUGUUAUCCUUAAGCCUCUUCUUCCUGCAGAGUGUCCUUUUUUCUGUGUCUUUUGGAGUCAUGUCUUCUUCCUGCAGAGUGUCCUUUUUUCUGUGUCUUUUGGAGUCAUGUCUUCUUCCUGCAGAGUGUCCUUUCAGUCCAUGUCCUCAGUCCUCGUUUCACUGUGGAUAAUGACACACUCUUACAGCUUCAGCAGCUUCUUCUCCAGGUCUUUUUCUUUUGUUCUUGUGUUGAUCAUUUCAGACCAAAGCUCGUUCGUCUCUGGGACACGUGUCCUUCCUGAGCGGUGUGACGCUGGACAGUCCCAUGGUCUUUAUACUCGUGUUUAAUUGAACAGAUGAACGUGGCUCCUUCAGGAGGAAACUGCACCGAGGAUGAACCAGACUUGAGCAGGUCCACAGUUCACUUCAUGAUAUUUUGGCUGAUUUAUUUUGACUUUCUCAUGAUGUUACACAAAGAAGCAGAGUGUUUCAGGUGAGCUUCAGACACAUCCACAGGUUUGUCUCUAAUUAACUCAAAUGUGUCAAUAAACCAAUCAGAAGCUUCUAAAGACAUGACAUCAUCAUCUGAGUUUUACUAAAUUGUUUAAAGUAUAAAAAGUAUUAAAGUCAUAAUAAUCUCACUGUCUGUAAACUUCCAACUUAAGUAGUAAAAAUCCUCCUCAUUAUUCUGAUAUUUAACAAAUUGAAAUAAUUUUGUUAAUCCAAAUUGACCUAAAACAGAAAAAGUUUAGUCUGAUUUAAUGUCAGACAGAGAGAAAAAGAAUGGCUUUGGAGAAACAGUUACUUUGAGAUGUCUUCUCUACACUGUUCAGUAUUAAGGACGAGCACAAGGAAACAGAUUUGUACAGAUUUGUAAAUGAAACAUAAUCCCUGUGUGUGUGAGAUAAAGCAUGAAAUUGUUCUAUCUGCAUCAAUAAAACCAGACUUUU